CCCGCCGCGGUGCAGGCUGGGAGCUCGGAGGCGGUCGCGCCAGGAGGGAUCGUGGCGGCCAUUUUGUGGCUGCUUCCCUCCCGUCCGCGGUGUGGCUGCUGAGGGCAUCGCUGCUCAGGAGGGAACAACUCGGCUGUCUCCUUUUCGUCUAGGUUGGGGUUGCCGCCGCCGCCGUCAUGGGCCGUAAGAAGAAGAAGCAGCUGAAGCCUUGGUGCUGGUAUUGUAACAGGGAUUUUGAUGAUGAAAAAAUCCUUAUACAGCAUCAAAAAGCAAAGCACUUUAAAUGUCAUAUAUGUCAUAAGAAACUGUAUACAGGACCUGGUUUAGCCAUACAUUGCAUGCAGGUACAUAAAGAAACUAUAGAUGCUGUUCCAAAUGCUAUUCCUGGAAGAACAGACAUUGAACUGGAAAUUUAUGGCAUGGAGGGCAUUCCAGAAAAAGAUAUGGAGGAACGGAGGCGGUUACUUGAACAAAAAACUCAGGAGAGCCAGAAAAAGAAGCAACAGGAUGAUUCUGAUGAGUAUGAAGAUGAUGAAUCUGCAGCUUCAACUUCAUUUCAACCCCAGCAAGUUCAGCCACAGCAGGCAUACAUUCCCCCAAUGGCACAACCAGGUUUGCCUCCUGUGCCAGGUGCCCCAGGGAUGCCUCCAGGUAUACCACCAUUAAUGGCAGGUGUUCCACCUAUGAUGCCUGGAAUGCCUCCAGUGAUGCCUGGAAUGCCACCUGGGAUGAUGCCUAUGGGUGGAAUGAUGCCUCCUGGGCCAGGAAUACCCCCCCUUAUGCCUGGUAUGCCACCAGGUAGGUCAGGGUUGUCGAACUCGUACUAUGGUAUGCCACCUCCUGUUGGUCCUCGACCUGGAAUGCCUCCAAUGACCCAAGCACAGCCUGUUACAGCACCGGGCAUUCUUAACAGACCUCCAGCUCCUGCUGCAUCAGCACCUACCCCUCAGCCUCCAGUUACUAAACCACUCUUCCCAAGUGCAGGGCAGAUGGGGACACCUGUCACAAGCUCAAGUACAGCUUCCUCCAAUUCAGAAAGUCUGUCAGCAUCUUCUAACGCUCUGUUUCCUAGCACAGCACAAGCUGCAGCAGCUGUUCCAGGUCCAGUUGGUACUGAUUUCAAACCUUUGAAUUCUACACCUGCAACAACAACAGAACCCCCAAAACCUACAUUCCCUGCUUACACGCAGUCUACAGCCUCAACCACUAGCACGACAAACAGUACUGCAGCUAAACCAGCUACAUCUAUAACAAGUAAGCCUGCAACCCUCACAACAACCAGUGCAACCAGUAAGUUGAUCCAUCCAGAUGAGGAUAUAUCACUGGAAGAGAGAAGGGCACAGUUGCCUAAAUAUCAGCGUAAUCUUCCUCGACCAGGACAAGCUUCCUUGGGUAAUCCACCAGUUGGACCAAUUGGAGGUAUGAUGCCACCACAGCCAGGAAUCCCUCCACAACAAGGAAUGAGACCUCCCAUGCCACCUCAUGGUCAGUAUGGUGCUCAUCACCAGGGCAUGCCAGGGUAUCUUCCUGGAGCGAUGCCUCCGUACGGUCAGGGCCCCCCGAUGGUGCCCCCAUAUCAAAGUGGACCUCCUCGACCUCCCAUGGGAAUGAGACCUCCGGUCAUGUCGCAGGGUGGCCGCUACUGAUGCUACUGCAGACGCUCUAAUAGGUUUGGAGAUUAAACGUUUUCUCAUCUUGUGCUGUUAAUAUAGCCCAGCUUCCGUCAAUUAAGGCUUCAUUGUGACUUUAAAAAAAAAAAAAUAAGUACCUUCCCACAUGCAAGGAGCUAUUGGACAUUCUUAUUUUACAUGGGAAAAAAAUUAUUUGGAAUAAUAACAGGAAGUUUUCCUGAUGUUGCAAUUUAUACUGUAUGGCUUCUUUUUCAUGUUUCAUCUAGGUUUUUAGAAGUGAAGUAUAGUAAAUAUGGUUCGUUAAAUUGUGAAGGCGCUGGAAUUACAUGAACAUACCACCUUAAAGGCAAGUUCUGUGACAUUAUGUUGCUCUUUGUGAAAUGAUGCCUUCACAGCACUUCAAGUGCUGUUGGACUUCACGUCCCCAACAUAGUUUGGUGAGGGCUGUAACUGUUCCCAACUACUUGUACAUUUAAGUCUGAACUUGUAACAAUAUUUAAUGUAUUUAGAGUUACUCCUGUUCCAGGGUUUAAGUAAACUGACCCACUAAGGUCGUGUGACUUUUCUGUACUGUUAUAAACUUCAUUGUAAUAAAAGAAGAUAAAAAUUUAUAUGCCUUUUUAUUCGUGACCAGAUGUGGACAACUGCCUGAAAGGUUUGUACAGAUGCAUGCCAUGGUAGCUAUUGAUGUAACAAACACAAUUAUUGGUGCUGUUUUGAUAAGAUCUGAAUUUGUUGUUCUAAAAGUUAAGUCACUCCUUAGCUGCACAUCUGAGUAGACAAAGACCUGUACACUUAUUAACUCACUCCUCAAAAAUGAGGCUGCAGGAGGCACAUCUUAACUCUUGGUUGUGACUUCUCUUAAUGCAUACGUUUCUUUAUUUGUGCUUUCUUGUCCUCAUAAAUCUUAAAUGUUUUCUAGUCCUGGAACUUGUAGGCUGUAGAAGUGAUUGCCCUAAGAUGCAUCCUAGUGCCGGAUGUGUCCUGUUAGUUCAUUCUUUGGCUGACUCUCUUUAAUGGGCAUAUGAAUUUCAGGAAUCUUUUAGAUUAAGAUUUCUAGAAGCUUAGGUGCAUGUCACAUGGGUGAGUGACCUCCAGUUGAUGUUGUAUUGAAGUUGACCUGCAAAAGACAAAAAAGCAGUUUGACCAGUGUACAAAAGACUAGAGCAAGAGUAAUUUGUAAUAUGCUGUUAUUUUUACUUUAAAUGUUCAGAAUUUCAGAUCUUGGGAGAGUCUGAAAGAUGAACCGUCUCUUAAGUGCUAUGAUCAGAUAUUGGCUGAGUUUCUUGAGCCAUUUAAUAGAAAGUGUCUAAGAGUAAGAGAGACUGUAAUCAGUUCUUCUCAUUAUUUAUCAGAGAGGUCUUGCCCAUGUGAAUUAGUCACUUACCUGUUUAUGAGAGUAUGGUAAAGGUUGUAAGUCUCUCAGUGUCUAGUAUCCCCUUGUUAGUGUGCUAUAUUUAUAAUAAGAACUAAAAUGUAGAGGGAGAUGUUGGAGGGAAGGGAGGUAAGAGCUUCCCUGGUCUCAUCACAACAAGGGAGAAAAGGAUUGGUGAACUUUUCAUUUGCAGGUCAACUUUAAAUACAUGUUCCAGCCUCAAGCCUUACCUGUGCAAUUUGAUUUAUGGGGAUACCUCUUUCAGGCUAGCUUAGAAAUUUUAUCAACAUUUUAAUAUCAAUUCAUGUUCCACUAAUAUUUUUCUUGGUAGUGGACAUUUUUUGCUUAGUUAUAAUAUUGAGCAUUUUGGCUCUUUGUCUUGAAAGUCUUGGUUUUCUAGCUGCCCUCAAGUACUUCACGUGGCUUUAUUCUGUACUGUCUUUUAACAAUCCACAAAUACAGUACAACUAAAAUACUACAUUCUCUCUGCUUCAGACUUGGGGUAAUGGAAUGGCUCAUGUAAGCACUGUAACAGCCAGUACAUGAAUUGCAGCUGAAUGGCCUUAGUUUAACCAUUACAAAUUAUCAGGCACUUUUU